AUGGGACUGCUGGUCGGCAAGUUGAUGGACAUCUUCUGGAGUCAGGAACGCAAGGUUAUCAUCGUGGGACUGGACAACGCCGGAAAGACAACCAUUCUUUACCAGUUCCUGACCAAUGAGGUGAUCCAUACAUGUCCCACCAUUGGUAGCAACAUGGAAGAGAUUGUUCUGAAAAAGACACACUUCCUCAUGUGGGACAUAGGGGGACAGGAGGCCCUGCGCUCCACCUGGAACACAUACUACUCGGACACAGAGUUCAUCAUCCUUGUGAUUGACAGUACAGACCGGGAUCGGCUGCUGACCACUCGGGAGGAGCUGUAUACAAUGCUGGCCCAUGAAGCUCUGCGAGAUGCCUCAGUGCUCAUCUUUGCCAACAAGCAGGACGUGAAGAACUGUAUGACCACCACGGAGAUCUCCCAACUCCUCACCCUCAGUGCCAUUAAAGACCACCCGUGGCACAUACAGGGCUGCUGUGCCCUCACCGGGGAAGGGCUGUCUGCUGGAUUACAGUGGCUACAGUCUCGGACCACUGCCAACUGA